AUGACCGACGUCCGCUCCCUCCUCAAAAACGAGCGCGCAUCUCGAAGAGUUCAACAUAAAUACGCAUCCUACACACCAACCGGGACCCUCCUCUGUAUAGCAUGCCACCUCCAAUUAAAGUCCGAAUCCCUCUGGGACGGUCAUCUUCGCUCGGCAGGUCACAUAAUGCGCGUUCAAAAAGCCGCCGACCUAGCUCUCAAUUCCACACCAGAACCGCAACUCCCAGCUCGCAAUCCCACCCCUCCAACACUCGAAAACAACAAGAAGAGGAAAGCAAGCGAAGAGGACGACGGCACAGAAACCAUCCGAAAAAAGAGUAGAGCAGCGAAUGGCUUACCAGAGAACUUCUUCGAUCAAGGUGGCCAUCCCCUCGAACUCUCCAACACCAAUCCUAUAAACGACAUCCAGAUCCCCUCCAGACCCGCAACACCGCUUAAACAAUCUCCUUCCUUCCCCGUUCCCCCCGCGGUCGAUGAAAACGAAUGGGCGGCAUUCGAGGCAGAUAUUGCUGCAACGGAGGACAUCGAUCCAAAUGCGGGCGUCAUAGAAGCGAAACCCAUCAGCGCGGCGGAACUAGAAAAGGAAAGCCGGGAAGAGAGAAAGGAGAGGGCUGAGCGGGAUCUUGAAGAGGAGAAGGAAGAUGCAGCUCGAAAGAUGGAAGUUGAGCUGGAAGAAAUGGAGGGGCUAGAGCAGCGAGUACGAAAGCUGCGGGAGAGAAGGGAGGCAUUAAGGAAGAAAGAGAGUAUUGCUAGCCUACCCAUUCCUGUAGCGAUGGUAUCUACUUCAGUAGUGGAGGAAGAUGAUGAUGAUGAUGAGGAGGAGGAGGAUGAAGAUGAUUGGGAUGGAUUCCGAAUGAAAGGGUAA